UCGCAUCCCUGAGAGCGACACAGGAACCUUCGGUCGCGUCUUCGCAACUACACGGACCGUUUACUGCGUUGGACCCGUUCCGGAAGCGUGUCCCGGCUGUGACCUGCUGCUGCUGGUUGUUUUCAUCAGUAGAAUGGAUUUAUAGCUGAACACAAGAGUCAUGUUUAACUUAAAGGCACUAAGGAAAAACAAAACAAUCAAAUACGGAGUUCCUAUGCUGUUGCUUGUAGUUGGAGGAUCUUUUGGCCUGCGAGAGUUCACACAGAUUCGGUACGAUGCCCAGAAGAUCAGAAAAAGGCUGGAUCCUUCUCUGGAGGCCAAAGUGAACGUGGAGAAGCAGUCGGUCAUGCUGGAGGAGGAGUACAAGAAGAUGCAGGAGGUGAAUUUGGAGGAGUGGAGGAACAUCCGUGGUCCUCGUCCGUGGGAGGACUCCAAGGAGUACCAGGAGCAGCAGCGCUCCAGGCAGAAUAAAAAUGCUGAGGGUUAAGGGACGCCAGGCGGAGCGGCCUGCACACACACUGAGUCUGUGGCAAAGACGCCGUUGAGACCCACGUAGGCGAAGCGCUGCAGCUUCAGAGAGUGGACUCGGCUGAGUUGGACUUUAAACUUUGCUCAUUGUUUGUCACAAGUUGUGGUCUCUUCUGGUUGUAACAUAUUCAGGACAACAAGUGGAUAAAAUAACGCCACAUGAGCCCAAAACCUUGAAAUAAGUUCAAGGUUGAAUUGGUCUUCAUCAUUUUGUACACAUGAGUUUAAAGCAGUCACCUGUUGGUUGGUUAUUCUCCACUCUGCUGAUCAGGAGUUUGUAAUAAAAACCAACCAGUAGGUGGCACAUCUGUGUGCUGCUGCUCUGUACCUUUCACACAGAAGGAAUAAUAUAUGUCACUGUAUGAUCUCCAUGUCUCAAUAAAUUAUGUUCUAUCGAUCCAAA